UUUUACAAUUCCACGGCGACGUCUUCUUUGACAGCUUCUCCUCCAGGGUACGGUCCCGACGGGCGAGCUUCCAUUGAUCAUCGGUGAAUUCUUGCGAGGUAUCUGUCAUACCUUUCCCAUCCUUCCUUGGUUUCCUCUCUCCAACGACUCCAAACCAAUUACUGCGAAGAAAUGGCAGCGAACAACCCCACCACACGCCCGCAACGGCCGACACUGCAGGAAUCGCUCAGGAGCAAUUCCUUCCUUCAUGAUCAUCAACAAUACAAACCCUCGGUUCCCAUUAGCAGCAUCAGCAAUGUCCUUGAAUCCUCCCUUGAGUCGGGAGUAGGAUCUUUGUCCCUCAACCCGAUAAGCCCAGAUCCCGAAAAGGUGACCGAAAGUGGCAUCACUCACAGCUUGUUCCACCACCAAGCGAACCCUCUUCCCACCGGUACCCCGCAACUCGUCGCAACCAUAUACUACAAAUCGUCGGAUCCAAUUCAUCCCCAUCUCCAUCCUGAUUCGUCGUCAAAUGCUGGGACUGGCGUUAAACUUCCGUCCCCCACGGUUCCCGUGGGUUCGGCUCCGACAAUUGAUAUUGAGAAGAUUCCCCGAGAGCCUCCUGCGCCAGAACCUGAACCAUUAGACCACCUUUACGGGCCAUUUGUGUCGCAGCUUUGUUUGACAAACUUCCUCCAAAUCCUCGAAACCCUUCCGACCCCUUACCAGCGCAUGAACACCUCCCACCGCUGCCUCGAUCAGAAUGAACACCCGCGCGUAGUAGAAGUUACUUUCUCCCCACCCCCCAACCCGGAAUACCUCACAUUCACAGACCUGCGCAAACAUGAGAGCAUAUGGCGAUUUGAGCGCGAGUGGAAUGUAGAGGUUGUGCUCCAGAAGGAGAGCGUCUUCCGCCGUCACAAGCGGCUCGUAGUUUUUGACAUGGACAGUACUCUGAUCCAGAAUGAAGUAAUUGACGAGAUUGCCAAAUUCAUUGGCGUAGAGAAGGAAGUUUCGGAGAUCACAGAACGCGCUAUGAACGGCGAGCUGGACUUCUCUGCAUCGCUCAAGGAGCGUGUUGGUCUUCUCAAAGGAGUGCCAGCGGAUGUUUUCGAGAAGCUGAAGUCUGUCAUUACUAUCUCGCCUGGUGCUCGUGAAUUAUGCAAGGCCCUGAAGGCUCUCGGAUGUAAAUUGGCAGUUCUGAGUGGUGGCUUCCAGCCUCUUGCUGAGUGGUUGGCCGGUGAGCUUGGCAUCGAUUACGCAUUCGCUAAUCACCUCGAGGUAGAUCCAGCAUCUCAAACCCUGACGGGUAAACUCGUUCCCACCUACCCUAUCAUCGAUGCCAGCCAAAAACGCAAGCUUUUGCAAUCCAUUGCGGCCGAGAACAACAUCCCUAUCGCUCAGACCGCUGCUGUCGGUGAUGGUGCCAAUGACCUUCUCAUGCUCCAUACUGCUGGACUGGGAGUUGCCUGGCGCGCCAAGAGCAAAGUUCAGCUCGAAGCGCCCACUCGUCUGAACGGAGAGACCAUGGUCGAUAUUCUUCACCUUCUUGGUCUCAGCAAGGAAGAUAUCAAGGAACUGAUUGCCGAAGUAGCAUGAGCAUCCCAGAAGCUGUAGGUGUGUCGCGAGCAGGACAGAAGACACACCCUAUCUCAAAUGAUAUCUGGCCAAAAGAUUGCGUGGGGACUUCGCCAGGUGCAGAUUUGCCAUUUGGAUCUUGUCAGCAGGGACCUACAGGAGCACCGAUUGAUCGGCGCGCUUCGCUCGAUUCUUUUCUUUCCUAAGCCGAGGGACUCAGCCUUGAUACAUACGUAUAGGCUGCCUGUGUUUUCACUUUCUGACGGGAGUAGUCGAGAGGACGGUCGAUCCUAGAGGAUAUUAUUUAACGUA